CAUUUAGUCUCUCGUAGUGUCACUCGAGUGUGUGCAUGCAUUUCUUGUUGCAUUGAUUGUGAUCUCGUAGUUAGUUAUUACGUAGCAGAAAAAAAAAGUUUCAUUGUGCAUAUUAAAUAAAAUCAGUUUCUAUAUUUAAAUACUUAUUCUGUGUUUGGUGGUGACAAUGGUUUUCAUCUCGUCGUCGAACCCAAAAAUCCAUGUUGGGUUGAGAAUGUGAAAGUUUUAUUGGGUUGUUCACUCGUUAGGUAACGACGAAUAAUGAUUCAUUACUUGGCGUGAUGUAAUGUUUCCAUCAUUAAGGUUGAGAUUCGGUUAUGAAAAUAAUUACUUUUAGUGAGACUAUUAGCAGUGUAGUGAAAUUUUUGAAAUUUAAAGAAAAUGUUGAGUUGAGAAGAAUUAUGAAGCAUCGAGACCGGGACAGUUGGGGGACGAGGCGUCGAUGUUGUAAUGAUAAUAAUUGUACUGCGAUUAAAGAAGUGGUCGAAAUCAGUGGGGUUAAACGCUUAAACAGUUCUUGUUCAUGUGAUGGAAGGACUAAUCCGACUAAAAUUAACCUGUUGAGUAAAGUGUCGAUCGGAAUUGUCUCAAUUUUCCUGAUAAUCUCAAUCAAUCCAAGUUAUGGGCAAGGAUUUCAGUUCUCGUAUCCGCAAUUUACCAUUCCCAUGUCACUCCCACCCCGGGGACUCUACCAUGCGGGAUUCAUGUACCCUGCACCCCCUCCAACCCAUGGCCCCCCAAUCUACACCACACUAAUGUCACACAUGGGAGGGAAGAAGUUAUCUCUGCCCUCCAUGAGCCGCGUGACUGAAACCUUGGGAGCACUGGGGACGUUAGCGAGACGAUUUUUGAGGGGUCCAGGAAUUGAGGCAGAGUCCAAAUCGGAAGAUAUUUCUCAGUCUCCGACUCAUCCAACCAUUUUAAUGGGAGGAUCAGAUAGCCAUUUAUCCACAGCUAGUAGCAAUCGUGUCAAUGUAACUACACCCGUGUUCAAAGUUAGGCCGGAAGAUGAUCCCGAAUUAAACCAAGCGUUGUACACAUUGAGUCGCAAUGUCCUCGGGCAGAAUGUGACCAACAGCCUCGUGCCAAUAGUAAAGACUGUGAAUCAAGUAGGUCGCUUUCUGCCCCCACUGAUCUAUCGAGAUGGGCGAAUUAUUCUCGGUUCCGGAAAUGCGACAAAGGAUGGAGGAAGCAUAAAAGAUGCCGUCUGCACUACGACGAGUGGACGCACGGGAAAAUGUUUGGACAUUUCUGGCUGUCCGUCGCUUUUACUCGAUCUGCAAAAGUUGAGGAAAUCUCUGUGCUUUAAGGCAUUAUUCAUUCCAGGAGUUUGUUGUCCUGAUGAUCCCGACGCAGAAACUUCCGUCGUCAUUACGCCAACUAAUCCUCCCACCACUACGACGCCUCGACCAUCCUUUUCCACCAAUUCCAAACCUAGUAGUCGUCCACCGAUUGGGACGGGAAGCACGAUUCCGAACCCAGAUUCAGACUCAAAUAGCAGGUCAGACAUGUGUGGAAGACCGGAAGUUCCAAGCUUUAGGAUUGUGGGAGGCGAGAAGAGUACGCCAGGGAAUUGGCCAUGGAUGGCAGCAAUAUUCUUACACGGGCCAAAGGGGACCGAGUUCUGGUGCGGUGGGACCUUAAUUUCCAAAAAAUAUGUGUUAACAGCCGCUCAUUGCACUAAAGAUCAGAAACAGAAAUCGUUCAGUCCAAGGCAGUUCACCGUCCGUUUGGGCGAUUACGAUCUGAUGAAAACCGACGACCCCUCAGCCCCAGAAUCUUUUCGCGUCGCAAAGAUCAAAGCUCACGAGAAUUUCAACGGAGUUGGAUUCUACAAUGACGUCGCAUUACUGGAGUUGGAUCGCGAGGUUGACUACAAUCGAUACAUUUCGCCAGUCUGUCUCCCCCAAGGGCGGACCAGACUGAACUCUUUUGUCGGCACGUAUCCCACAGUUAUUGGAUGGGGGACGAAUAAAUAUGGAGGACGAGAACAUACAGCCCUUCAGGAGGUCAAGUUGCCCGUAUGGUCAAACGCUGACUGUGACCGGUCCUACUUCCAACCAAUUACUGACAUUUUUCUGUGUGCGGGUUACCCUGCUGGAGGUAGGGACGCUUGUCAGGGUGAUUCCGGUGGCCCCCUUUUGCUGGAGAUGGAUGGGCGUUGGACACAGAUUGGAAUUGUCAGCUUUGGAAAUAGAUGCGCUGAGCCAGGCUAUCCUGGAGUUUAUACGGCAGUAGAUAAGUAUGCUGAUUGGAUUCGCGGAAUUAUUGCUAGGUCAUAAUUACAUAUCGUCUUAUUAAUUUUGUUAAGUAGUUUGAUGGAUCGAAAGUAAUUCUAAAUUUAUGUUAGACUACAUCACAACAACAACCACUUAUAUAAUAUUAAAUUAGAAUAGGAUUGUGAAAAACUUGAUUUCAUUAUGUCAUUAAUUUACUUGAAAUUAUGCAUGUACCAGGUUCUUUGUUGUUGGCUCAAAGUCGCGUGGUCCAUAUAAUUACAGGAAUUUAUACAUUUC